UAGAUAGACAGUACGUUCCCAUCUAGGCUAUGAACUAUUUUAAGUGUUUUAUGUGUAAGCUGUUUUAUUUUCUUGACUGCUGCACCUCAUUGGCAUGGAAAUUACAAGACAGAGUGACUGGCUAGCAUUUACCUUCACGAGCCGAGAUACUUAGUGCUGGUGAUACACACAGCUAAAAGUACAAAAAACUGUCCUAGCUUUCAAGCUUUCAGAACUAUUAAUUCCUUCCUCAAGGAGGAAAGAGGGAUAGGCUGAAUAAGGAUUGUUCGCAUCACUUUCCUUAAUCUGUGUUGUGCAGCCACUGGACACAAAAAAGGAUGGAACAGAAAGAAGUUGUGGAUGAGUGGCUUUCGGGCAAGGGCAGAAGAAAAGAAGAUAGAAAGGCUGGGCAUAAAUUAACAAGAGAGAUGGGUUGGCUACUUAUAACAAGAUUUCAGGAUGGUAUUGAUCCAAGCAUUAGCCCUUUUUGCUUGUAUUACUGUAUGGGAUCCUACAGUUGUCGCUGAUGAAAUAACAAACUCACGGGAAGGAAAAUUUGUGCUACCAAUCACAAGGUACUGGAACACUGUUUGUUCUGGAACUUCUAAUGGACAACAACUACAAGGUACUUGCCUUGACCGUAAGCAGUGUUAUCUGGCUGGAGGCACCAGCAUGGGAUCAUGUGGUGUACUGGGAGCCUGCUGUCUCUUUGAGAGGAGCUGCUACACAACUACCCAUCAGAGACUUUCCUAUUUUGUGAACCCACCUGUAGUCCAGCAGCAUUGCACAUAUCAAGUUGAUGUUAUGAGUCGGGAUGUUUGUCAAAUAAGGUUGGACUUUGAUGAAUUUCGCAUAGCUCCACCAACUUUACCAAUCAGAGAGCCUUUACAAACAACACCAUAUUACUGCAUCAAUGACAGCUUCACAGUUACAAGUCCUUUGAGUGGCCAACGGGGAUUAGGCUUCAACAGUCUCUGUGGCCGCAAUGAUGGACAGCACAUUUACAUCCCUGUCAAUGCAUCCCAGGGAGCCAGCUCUGUAUCAUUGAGCUUCAGUCUGGCAGAUCGCAAUAGUACUUCAGGAUCAUCACUGCCGACACCCACCUGGAGAAUCAGGGUAACACAGCUGGAGUGCCCAGGCAGCCCUUAUGACUACUCAACCUUCACAGCUGCAGUUGCAUCCCUGGCUCAGCAGCAUCUGCAGAAGUUCUCACCACCUUAUGUUGAUUUUCACCUGCUAGCGCCUCCAGGCUGUCUGCAGUAUUAUCCUGAACGAAGAGGCACUUACAUGUCAUUUAACUAUAACACUCCAGGCUCACUUGAUUCACAGUACAUAGCAAACAUGCACUAUGCAAUAUGCUUCCGGAGAACACCUGAUGCUUGUGGAAUACAGCAUACAGCAGAAACCUUUAGUAUGGGUGGAUAUAAUACAAGUAGCACCAUGACAGAUGAUGCUUGUAAUGAUUUUGAUUACCUGUUUGUUCCUGAUGGAAGAUGGCAAGGUAGUUCAAGAGCAGACAAGUUCUGUGGAGAUUCUCUCCUUGGGGAAACUGUCACAUCCAUAUCCCCUGGUCCAUUUUAUGUUGUCUUCAACAGUGAUAACCAACUUGAAGUUUUGAAUUCAGAAAGUGGAUUCAGAAUUGAUUACCAGGUGCUAGGUACCUGUGAGUGACGGGAAUAAUUGUUCCAGCAAUGAGCUAUAAGUAAUUGUUCUAGCAGUGGGUUAUUUAAGUAAUAUAAAUGCCUCAGUUCAUAUACAUUUUAAGAGAUAACAGGUCCCAGAAAUAAAACUAAACUCUGGGCAAACUUUAUUUAACAACAAGUUUUGAACGACAAAAGGAAUGGAAUAGUUGUUACAGUUGAUACAUCAGUAAUGUUAGCUAUAACUUUUUGAUUCUGAGAACACUUACUUUGUUAUGUAUCGAAUUUUAUAUUUUAUCAGACUCUAGAG